AUGGCCUCUCAAGCAGACCAGAUGGACUGGGAGCCUACUGUCCCAAUUAGUACUCUUCUUCCACAGCAAGUUCUAACUUUACAGCGCGAAUUACUCGUUGCUCGUGCAGGUCGAAAACGCACCAUGGGAUUGACAUAUCCCACCACUUCAGUCGACCACCGCCCACCACCUCCCAGACGUGUCCUAGAGAAAGGCUCACCCAAAAGACAAUGGGCUCACAUCCUUUCUGGUGUCGACAUUAGAUUCAGAGAUGCCGCUCUAAAGAAUGGCACCGCUACUGGGCCAAGUCUACCCCUGGUUGUAGACUCGCCUCCUAUCACGCCUAGAAAACGCGUCAUCGAAGAAGUCGAAGAGCCAGAGCAGUAUGAAGACCGUUUCUCUGACCAGAAUGGACAGAAAGCAUCACUAUCAGCACCAAAGGUCGUUGAUUCUCCUCAAGACAUCUCAAUGAUAGAUGUCUUUACUCCUCCCCAUCAGCCUCAGCAGUCUGCUCAAGCUCUAGAUAACUUACGAGAAGUGGAAGAAGCCACGUCUUUGUUGGGGUCUAUAGGCCUCAGAAGCCCAGAGGGCACAAGAGAGAAGCGCCCUAACUGGUUUGAGCUACGUAACGGAAAAGGAGAUGAUGAGAUGGAAGACUUAAUUCCCGGGGCAUCACUUCGAUUCGGAAGCUUAGGCCACGGAGCUACCGAUUUCAAUUCGCUUCUUUCGCAAAUCCCAGGCAGCUGGCCAGCGUCCCCGCCACGACCUGUGGCCGCGCCAGUUGACCUGCCCGUCCAGCCUUCACCGGAAGUAAAGGACGCUCCGCCAUCGCCAGACUCUCGAGCUCGGGACUUUAUGAUGGUGGGGGGCAUAGAAUCUACCGGCCCAGAAGAAAGUAGAGUGGUGCCUCGCCCGACUGACGUCCCCAUGACAUAUUUACAGUCUGAGUCCCUUCUGCAUCAGGCUGUUGGGGGCCUCCGGUCCCUUUACGAAUUGCCAAAGUAUUUCAAAGAUUGCUGGGGCAAGUGGGCAGUACAACGCAGCGUGACGGUAGCCUCAAAUGUGAAGAGAAGAGCUCUCAGUAUCUGGACGUCACAGACCUCACAGACUGCCACCUUACCUGCUGUUACCAGCCACUCCCCACGCAGAACCGAGCCCAGGCGUGAGCGGAAGCUCCCGAGCUUGAGCAUGGAGCAGCGACGCGAACUCAGACUCAAAGAGAAGCGCAUGAAGAGAAAGAAGACAGAAUCCCAAGUUGUCUACGAGCUACAGACUACUACCCCAGCAAAGCUUCACGUUCUCGAAUUGAAGCCAGUGUCUGUGCCGUCCGCUGCUCCUACUUCUGCUCGGUUAGCCCAGCGAGGUGUCUCUCGCCGCCAUCGAUCGAAGCCUGCCAAAAGUUCGAUCGAGAAAAUCAUGCCGCACAAGCCUGGUUCCUCCAUUACACCAGGCCGCGUUACCAAACAGCGCACUGUGCGGCCGGUGAGAGACACCUCCGGAGGAUUGAGAAUUGUAUAUAAAGGCGGCGUCCGCCCAGACGCCUCAUUUGAGGAGAGACGUCGGAGAGUCGAGCAGUUGAACUUGGAUUUCGUUUUAAAAUCCCGGCCUGCCCAAGUCAUCUUACCUGAGCCACAACAACCCGAGUCACCCGUCGCGCCAGUGACUUCAGAGCUCAGCGAGACCUCCGAACCUCCGCCACCUGCCAGUGCUUCGGUGCCAUCAACUUCCCCUGGACCGUGUACAACCGCCAAGCCAUCAAUUCCAGAGGGUGUAACACCCGUCGACCCAUCUCGUAGAGAUGAGUCGUAUGAUGGCUAUACACUGAGACCAGCCGGCCCACGCACUCGGCGAGUACACUGGCACGAAGCCAGUGGUGCUCCACUUGGACAGCCGGUUGUUGAAAUCCGCGUCUAUGACCCCAGCGCGCCAGUUAGGCCAGCAGCAGGGGCGGAAGACAGUCAACAGCCGGCACACGCAACUAUUGACGACAAGUCACCAGAGGGCCCUUUCAUCAAGCCCAUCAGCAGCAAAUGGGACUCGCGUCUCACUGCUGAUAUGUCCCUUCCCGAUUACCGACAGGUUGGGACAACGAUCUCUGGUGACCCCCUGACCCGUAAGGAUUUUGCGACAUGCUACACCCCGCUAGCGUGGCUCAAUGACGAGGUGAUUAACGCAUACCUCGCAAUAAUCCUUGACUACGCUCGAAGGGCAUCGGGCAGUUCAGGGAGGCUUCGGGAGCCCAAAUACCACGCCUUCAAUUCUUUCUUCUACUCUAGUCUCAGGGACCGAGGCUACGAGUCCGUACGGCGUUGGGCUUCCCGAGCUAGGAUUGGGGGUCAGGCCUUGUUGGGGGUAGAGAUGGUUCUCAUCCCUAUCCACAACCAAGCGCACUGGACCCUCAUGGUCGUCAAACCGAAGGCUCGGUCCAUCGAGUACUUCGACUCCCUUAGUGGCGCUUCACGAGCUCACAUCAGCCGAGUGAAGGAAUGGCUCCAGGGAGAGUUGCGUGACCUCUUCGUUGAAGAGGAAUGGCGGGUUCUCCCGACAGACUCUCCACAACAGGACAACGGCAGCGACUGUGGGGUGUUCCUCCUUACUACCGCUAAGAUGGUGGUGUUAGGCUUGCCUCUCUCAUAUGGGGCGAGAGACAUUCCCAUGAUCCGCAAGAGGAUCGUUGCCGAAAUCCUCAAUGGAGGGUUCGAAGGAGAUUUCGACCCGAAGGUUGAGUUCCCUGCCAGACCUAGGCUGUAA